GAAGGCGUAUCCGUAAAGAACGCGACCAAUUCGCCUAAACUCAGACUGCAAAUCCUGAUCUCGCUGCCGGAACGCAUGUUGUCGCUGCCAUGGCACCGCCGGGCGCUGCCCGAGGACAACCGCGCGGCCUCGUCGCCGCACUCGUCGUCUGCGACAUCGUCGACGGCCUUCGAGCCGACAUCGCCCGCCCAUGUGCUGCUGUCGACCGAGCGCCGGGACGAGCUCCUUCACGUCGCCCGCACCAAGCGCAUCUCGUGGGUCGAGGGCAUGGGCAUCGGCCGCAAGCGCCGGCCGUCGGCGGGGCAUGCGCGCCACGCGACGUCAACCGUGCUCGAGUGCACCAAGUGCGCGGAUGAGCUCAUGCACUUUAUGGACGCCUUGGAGCUAGCGCCGUCGUCGUCGCCCGAGACGCCGACCUCGCUCGGAACGAUCUCGAUCCUCGACGAGGUCGUGCAGCAGCAUGGCACGCCGUCGCUUCCGAUGGACCCGGCGUUUCGCCGCUCAUACAACCAGCUCCUCGACGUCCUGCGCCACGCCGACGCAGCCGACCUCGUGCACACGAUCCAGACGUUCCUGAAGUCGCUCCAGGAAAAGUUUGCUACCGAUGGCGGGAAGCGACCUGCGUCGCAUUUUGGCGAGCGGGUCCAGCAUUUCGUGACGCAUCUCUUGCAUCUGCUGCAGACGUCGUCGCUCGUGCAGCGCAUGGAGCGGCAGAAGCUCCUCGAGGACUUCAAGGACCCCGAAUGGCGGCGCGAGGCGCUCGAGGCGUUCCUCAUGGAGAAGCUACACGCGACGGUCUUUCCUUCGUCCAGAAGCCUCGACGCCGCGCUUCACGACCGCAUCGCGUCGCUUCGCUUCCUCGAGUUUGCGCACUUGGACAUCACGGCGACGUCGGAUCUCGAGCGAUGGACAGCGAUCCAAGACGACCUUGCGGCGCUGCCGCGCUACUUGAGCCCGCGACGCAUGAUGACGUGCAUCCUCCACGUCUGCCAAGAGCUCACGCACCUCUUACGCGCGCACCACGGGCGGUACCCGGGCGCCGACGAGUUCCUUCCCGCGCUCAUCUACACCAUUUUGAAAGCCAACCCGGUGCAUUUGCAUAGCGUCGUCCAGUACAUCCAGACGUACCGCCACCCAUCCAAGUUGCUCUCGGAACCGGGCUACUUCUUUACGCACGUCGUCUCGAGCGUCUCGUUUCUAGAGCAGCUCGACGACUCGGGUCUGAGCAUCGCGCCGGAAGACUUCCACGCAGGCCUCGCCGCCACCAAAGACGCCAUCGGUGACGUCGGUGCCGUCAUCGCGCCGUUGUCGCCGACCAAAGAGGCACCGCGUCACGACCACUCGGAAGACGCGCAGCUGACGCCGAUCAAUGUGCUCGAUGUCCGCGCCCGCCGCCGGGUACCAGGCCUCGUGCCAGCCGUCGUGCCCGUGCUCAUGACGCCGACGAUCAUGUCGUCACCGUCGUUUCUCGACAAGACGGCGGCCGACCUUCGCCUCACCGACAUUCCGCUCUUGCUGGACGAGUACAAGGCGCUGCACCGGCGCGUCCACUGCGCCCGUGAUGUAGGCGCGAAUUAACUUAAGUCCAUUUUCGUUUUGCAAGUACAA